GAGGAGGAGGAGGAGGCGUCUGGUUGUAAACGAGGCGCGCACGUCCCGCUCUGGACGGCGGAGUGUGCGCACGGUUGUUCCCGGAGCUGCGCCGCAUCCAGCCGCCGCGCCGGAUGCCGUCUGUCCUCCGGCAGCGAGCCGUUGGAUGAAUUAUUGCAGAGUUGAGAAGAAGUGCCAGAAGAAAGCUGAGGCUUCCAGAGGAGAGAGUCGGAGUUGUGCGCGAUGAUGGAGGGAUGGAGCGCGUGUGUGCCGAUUGUUAUUUUACUCCUGCAGUGUUCCCCCACCGUUCCUGUUAUCGUGUCGACCAGCAGACACAAGGUGGAGGUGCGCGAGUCUACAGAUGCGGUGCUGUCCUGCAUGUUCCAAACAGAAAGUGAUCCAAACCCACGCAUCGAGUGGAAGAAGAAGGGGAAAGAUGUGUCCUUUGUGUACUAUGAAGGACACUUCAGAGGUACCUUUGAGGGACGGGCGACUAUUGACGGGGCGACUGUGACGCUACAAAAGGUGACCCAGGAGGAUGCUGGGGAGUACCGCUGUGAGAUCAGUGCUCCCCUGGACACUGUCAGCCUGGGCGAGACCAACAUCACUCUCACAGUGCUGGUGCCCCCCCACACCCCGUCCUGUGAAAUCCCCAGUACGGCAGUGACGGGCUCAGUGGUGCAGCUGCGCUGUAGGGACCAGCAGAGCAUUCCUCCUGCAACGUAUUCCUGGUUCAAGGACAACCAGCCGAUCGGCCCCCCGCGACACGCCAACGCCACCUACCUGAUCGACUCGCGUACAGGAGUGCUGGAGUUUAAAUCUGUAACAAAAGAAGACACCGGCCAGUAUCGCUGUCUGGCUAAGAACGGAAUCGGACCGCCGAAGAUGUGUGAAGGCAAACAGAUGACAAUAGAGGAUGUUAACAUCACGGCCACGGUGGCAACGACUGUGGCGGUCAUCCUACUGGUGGUGAUUUGCGGGUGCGGCGGUUUCCUGUUACAUCGCAGCGGCUUCUUCAGCCCAGGACACAGACGAAGAUCAUUUUGGAUCUCCCAGUGUCAUGGUGCAGCCCACAUAAGCAGCCAAACCCUGCACAGAACUGAGGACACGUCCAACGUCAACUACAUCCCUCCGCCACAAGAACACCAGGAUUUCAAACACACCCAGUCAUUCAUGCUUUGAGAAGCUGGCCUUCCUUCCAGGUCAUAUCUCCCUCGUGAUAUGGUGCCAACACUGGAUUUUAGUUUUUCCUCCACACCAGAGGAGACUUGAUCUUCAGACAAUUCUUAAUUUCAGUCUUACUUGGGUGGUUAAUAAAUGGGAGGCCUCUCGUUCUCUUGCUUUGCUGUUCAUUAUGUGGCACUGACCCCCCCCCCCCCCCCCCAGUGGUGAGAGGUGGAAAUGGGGGACUGGUGAAUAUUGCUUUCUUUUUUCCCCCUCUGCAGGCCAAUCAUGUUCUUUUACCAAAGACUGCCACUAUAAGGGACGUAAUAAUUAUAAGGGAACCAUUAUUUUCCUGAAAGCCAUAGGGAGAAGUAUAUCCGUUGCAUUGCGGUUUUCUGUCUGCUCUCAAUAAAUGCAGUUUACCUCAGUAUCUGUCAUCUGUCUCAUCGCCACUCAGUCUCAGGCUGUAAUUUUUUGGCAGCGUGAAAAGUCAAACCACUCAAGCCAAUUAGAACUGGCCCCAUUCCAUCCUAAUGUGCCUGCAUUGUGUUUUUUUAUAUACCUUGUGCCUUUUUAAUUUGUCAUAUUUAUCUCGGGAUCACAGUUUUUUGUAAAGAAUCUGCCUUACAUUUUCUGUCUUUAUAUUUCUGUGCCACUGUUAUCAAAUGGUGUCUGUUUUUAGACUGUGCGUGAGAAUGGAUUGUUCAAAUUUUAUUUGAUGUACUCGCAAUAAAAGGUUUUCUAUUAACCA